UGGUCAGUUGAGUGUAUCCAACAAAACAACAAUAAACAUUUAACAGGAAUGGAAACAAAAGGAAUCGUUUGAAGAGUUUUUGUGUAUAAUUUGUACGGUAGUGAACUAGAGCAGAUCAUUUUUAAUUUGGUUUGUAAAAAGACAUACAUCAUAUGAUAAUGUACACGGUUCGGGUAUAAUGUAUUGCUGAAUGUAAUAUGUUUAAGAAUUUUCGUAAUGAGUAAGUUCAGUCCAAUUGACACUCAUUACUUAAUGUUUUUGUCACACCAGUGUCUUCCUAAAAUACAAUUUUUUGCUCAGAAACGCAGGUAUUUUCUCGUACGUGUCAGGCGGAAUAAACAGUAUAAUAUAUAAUAAUGCAAAGCUUUAAAACAGCAGACCAAAUAACAAAACAUAACACUGGAAAUAUACCACAAGAUGAAGAUUGUCAGCCAAAAGACCUAAGUUUCAAGUCCAUCAAAAAGAUGAAGCCAAUACCUCCCCCACUGAAUCUAGGGACUGCAAAUAGUGCCCUAAAAGAAUUUGCCAUAAUUGCAACAAGUCCAAAGAGUCCAUUAAUGCAGAAAAAUCUUCCAUUUCGUAAACGGGCCUACAGCUUUUCUGAAACAUAUGACACUGGAGUACAGCCAACACCAAGUGGCACACACUUGGCAAUGGAAGUUCCAGAGCAGCGGUCUGCCCUCCAUUCACUGAAUGAGGAAGCUUGUCAGGUUUCAUCUGCAUUCGUGAGACAUUCCACACUGGUGGACACUAGGUUGCACUACCCAGCAGGCCCAACAUGUUCAUUUUUGGCUGCUGGUUCAUCCAGUCCCUCACACUGGAUCACCAGCACAUCUGUUCUGCUAAGUCCUGCUCCCUCAUCUCUGGGGAGCAGUCGAGAAGAGCUAAAUCCUGGAGAUACUGUUCGGUUGACAAUGCAUCUCUACCCGUGGCCCUCCCCUGUAUGGCAUUGCUUUCAACCAGGAGUCCUCCUGAAACUUGAUCUGCCCAAUGGAGGUACCUCUGGUGCAUGGAAGCUAGCUGAAGAACUAUCUAAGUUUGUUCCUGAUUGGCUGGGAGCACUUCAGGUGGAGCAGGUAUCAGAGAUAGAUGGGGGCAUAAUGAUUCGCUUCACAUGCCAGGAGCAGUGUCAGGGUGAAGUAACAGCGCAGUGCAACUUAUAUCACACAUUCUACAUUAAAGACAGAGGAUGGUGUGCCGUGUAUCCGGAGCAUGUGUUCAAGCAGUAUGGAGUGUCAUGUCAACGUCUGGAACAGACUGACAUCUGUUUACCUUCCUCAAGAGUGCCAGUUGUCUCUCCAGACAUCUGUGAUAAGUUCAAGAGAUUCAGUUUCCCACCAGAAGGCUUGGGAAUGCCAUCUCAUCUACCAACAACCUCACACAUCUCACCUCUCCCACCACCUGAUUCAUUUCUCUCUCCUCCAACAUCUCCUACAAAGAAGGUGAGGGACACAGAUCGACCCAAGAGGCCAAUGAAUGCCUUUAUGCUUUUUGCCAAGAGAUAUCGUCCAGAACUGAUACCACUACAUCCAGGGAAGGAUAACAGAGCCAUCAGUGUUAUUCUUGGUGAGGCUUGGCGCAACCUGCCCCCAGCUGACAAAGAAGUGUAUGUGACAGAAGCAAGAGCCAUGGCGCAGGAGAGGAAACGCCUGCACCCAGACUGCUGGAAGAGGAAGCGCUCACAUUCUGCUGGAUUUCUUGAAACAUCAUCAAAUUAGGUAAACUGUAUGCUCAAAGGUAACUGAUAUCACAAAUGUUGGAAAAUUGUUGUUACUGCAGUAUAUAAACAUCUGUAAUAAGUACUUGAUGCAUAAUUAUUAUGUGUUUCAUGUAGUGAAUGAAUUGCAGUUUUGUGUAAUAAGUUUUUAAAUGUACAAGUAAUUAAAUAUGCCUUAUAUGCUUGUGUGCAUUUCAUGCUUACAGUCUUGUCAGUUGAAAAUUCUUGAUUUUCUGUUACUGUUUAUGGAACUCUAAAUGCUUGUAUUUAUACAAGUAUGGUGCUCCCAUAAAUAAGAUGCAUACCCCAAUGUUCCAGUUUGUAUUAACAAUUUUGCCAAGUACAUUGCUGCGUGCUGUAAUCAUAUGCGUAGCACUUUGUACUACCAGAAACAAAAUCGAAACCCUCUGUUAUGGUGUGCAGUUUGUUUUUUUGAUGCAAGUAUUUUAGAAAAAGUUGUGUAUGGUGUUUGGAUAAAUAUGCAAAUCACAGUACUUACUAUGGAUGUUUCACAUAAUGCUACACAGAGUCACAAUUUUAUUCUUAAUCUUAAUAGUGAUCAUUGAGAAUGCUAAGAACCCAAACUGCAGAUUUUUCAAAACAGAGUGAAUGUAAGAGAGGUGAAGUAAAAUCAGAGUGUAUGACAACUGGGUCCAUUUAGUUCUGAUAAAGGAAGCAAGAAAUGCACUUUUUUUUACUUUGUCCAUCAUCUAGUAUUCUAAAGAACAUGAUAUUUUAAAAAACUGGAUCUUGUUUUUUCCUCAGGUAUAAAGAAAGGGGGAAGGGCUAAUCUGUUGUGUCCCUUAAAAAGAACUAACUUCAGUAACUCAAUCCAGUGAUUUAGAGAAUGUGAACCAUGUUGAAUUAUCCUAGAAUUGCAUUUUUAUUUGCAGCAUUGUGACACUAGGUUCUCUAACCAGGGAUUUAGUUAUGUAUCUUUGUUGCCUUAUGUCAGGCAAGUCACAAACAAAUCUUAAUUUUACUCUUGAUAACUUAUGGAGGUAACCAAGCCAUGGACCAAAUAUCCUUAUUCAGGUUUUUCAUGGCUUUUGUUCAUCCCAUCAGAUGAAUUAUGAUUUAUGUAAUUAAACCUGCUAAAAUAAUCUUGUCCUGAGUUAUGUUAAUCCAUUUCACUUCCCCACAGUGUAUUUAUGUAAUAUACAAAUGCAUUUAACUGGGUAAUAUCAAUAUGUUAAUGAAAAUCUUACCAAGGUGCAUGGACUGUUCCUAGAGUUAGAUACAAACAUUGAAAAAGCUCAUACCUAAAUGAAUCAGAUAUGUACUCAAAACAUUUAGCAUGCUGGCUGGGAAGGAUCAUUAAUGUGUUUAAAAUGAAUUUUGACACAGGUACUAGAUGAUAAAAUCUUAGCUCAUGGUAAUACUUUUGGGCCAUAUUUGUAAUGUACUUUAAAACUAAAGUUAAUUUUUAAGGAUAACUUGGUCAGAAUUUUCCAUAUCAUAAACAGCAUUUGAUAGGCGUGAUGAUUACAUUUGAUGUGAUGCAUCUGUUUUGAGAAAAUGUUGAUUGGGCCCUGAAUGGAAUACAAUCUCUCAGGUGAGGAUACUAUGAAGUUAUGUGGGAAAGUACUGUUUAAAAAUUCAUGACACAUUUGAAGUUCAAAGCUAUCAGGUUCUUUAAAGUGUUGCCAGAUGCAGGGUCUCGGUGCAGCAUCCAGCAGAUUAUUGUGCAUCACAUGACAGGUUUUAUUGGGCUUGAUGUUUAAUAUUGCUUUGUAAGUGUCAAAUAUGCAACUUUAAAUUUGUUUUGUCUUUACAGCCAGUUUUGUUAAGAAUUUACAUUGUAAAGCUAUUUUAAUGAGAUCAUUUUUACUGUAUUUUGGAUAAAUUUUGUAAAGUUAAAUGAAGGAUGUAGGACAAAUAUUAUGUGCUACAAAGUUGCCAGAGUUAUGUGUUUUUUUAUAUUAUAUGUCCAGCAUUAAAUUUAAUCUGGUAGAAAUCUUUAAUAUUCCAAGCUGCACAGUUUGUUCACUUGAGUUUUAUUGUGUAUAUUGACUUUGAUGUAUUAAUGAAUAAUAUUAAUGUUACUAUUUUGGAUCUCAUGAUUUUUGUUACUACCAUUUUAAGUGUCACAUAGACAUAUAUUGUAUACAUAGAUAACUUGGCUCUUGUUAGUUUUAUAUUAUAUUAACCUGUGUAGCAUCUUUAAAUGUUUUGUGAGUAAUAGAAUUGAUAUAUACAGUCAAAUGUUUUGCUCUGCUAUCCUUAGUGAGCAAGUUGUUGCAAGUCGUGUGGAUUGGGAAGGGACAGUGGUCUAAAGCUCUGAUGCCCAGAACAAAUGUUUUAAAUAAUUUUUAAAUAUGUUUAUCUACCAUGAAAAUAUACUAAUAAGGAAUCUUAAAUUGAAGUCAGCUUGAAAAUUGUUUAUUAUGCAAUCUUCACUUUACUGAAAUAUGUAAGCAUGAAAUGUUCAUGAUACACACAUGACCAUUCAGUUUAUCUUCACAUCUAAUGAAAUGGAUGCCUAUUGUGAUAUGUUAAGAGUGGGCUUUUGUUUCAAGUGUGUGAAACAUACAGAAUAAAUUCUCUUCCCCAUCCUUACACAUAUCAAAGAACUUGUAUGUUUGUAGGACAGACAUUUGACUGUGUGAUGACUGACUUGCAGAUCAUUGUUGUCUGUGAUAGUUGUGAACUUCCAUAGCAGUGAUCUCAGCACAUUUCUGUCUUGGAAGGAAGUCUGCGCAUGCAGGGUUCAUCUUCUCAGGGGUCUGUGACCGUUGCUACGAUCUCAAAUACUGUAUGAUCUUUGUGUGUGUUUCUUUAGAAAGUGAAUUCAUGUUACAGAGAAACCUCAUAGUUGAUUUUAGUCUACAAGAUACUUUGCAAAGUUGCAUGUUACAUGUACUAUGAUAUGAAAUUUUUAAGUUCCUUGUUAUAUUGAUCUUAAAAAAAAAAUAUUUUCUUAUAACAAACACUGCGAUUAUUAGCAUGUCUGAUUGUUUGUCUAAUCUCUAUUCCAAACAUAAUGUUGUGGUCAUUUAACAUACUUAAAUAGCGACUGCUGUGCCUGCCGGAUCUCCGUUCACCACAUGGGACUUACCAUUUGCUAAUCCAGGUUUAUAUGGUGUGAGGUUUACAGUUUGUUUAUCUUAUUAGUUUCCACUUUCAUUAUGUUUGCUUGCAACUUGUCAUAGUUCAUAAGGUUACAACUAAUUGCAUACAUUGUUGACUGGCAACCUGUGAUAUAUGGUAUGUUAAUAUUUCCAGAAUGCCUAAGUAAUAGGACACUCUAGGCAGUGAUCUCUUUCGCUUCAUCUUGUGUACAGAGGUUUUACUUGGAGGUUACUGAAGUGGGCCAGAGAGUUUUUCUUUUUGUUAUGUGAUUGCUGUGUGGUAAGUCAGUUUUAGUUUCUGUGUUGUUAAAUGUUAAGUUCUAGGAUCAUCGUUGGGUUUUUUGAGGAUUUCUUCUGUGAUUGUGGUGCAUGGAGUUACAAUCCACAAUGUGAAAAUAUUGUUGGUUUGUGUGGGUACUUCAGCAGUCAUUUCCAAACAGCCUCUGUUGGAGCAGAAGCUUCUUAUUUUUAGUUCUGAGUCUGACUCUUAUAUUUGUAAAUGCUGUACUUGGUUCAGGCUAGUAAACAGUUGCAGCUGAAUUGUGAGAUUAAAUCUUGGAUCCUGAUAUGAUUGCAAAUUAAUCAUAGCAUUAACAAAGUUAUUUAUUGAAAAGUUUUUUACUUAAGAGCAAAUGUUUCUGCUCUGAUUUGUUCUGUGUCCUCCAUCAGGUUUUUUACCUUCAUAUAAAAGUGCAGGAAUUACAGAACUUACACAAGAUGUGCACUUUGUUCCAAAUUUACUAAUAUUUGUAUUGUUACAUGUUUCCUGAUACAUACCAUAAUUCAUCUCAGAAUAGAAUCAGAAGUGUUGCUGAAGGUAUUAGUGCAAGAACCAGAUAACUUUAAUUUUUUGCUUAUUUUUUUCAGUUUCCUAUAGAUAAAGAAAAUCAGCCAUGUUAAUGCUAAAAUAAAGUCAGUCUGUCAACAAUACACAAGCUUGCACCACUCAUUAAUUUGCAGCAAGAAACAGGCAAGUAAUUGCUUCCCCAAAAACAUUUAUCAAAGUGGAUUUCUUGCACACAGGCCUUCAGUUUAUUCAUUUGACUUGAUUCAUGUAGUUUGAUUCUUAACUACAUGUAUGUUGCUGUCUAUAGGAACAUUAAUUAACUUUAUAUUCAACAUGACAGAAAUGUAUUUGAGCCAGGGGAAUGCCUGCAUUCACUCUUGAUUAAAGUUUGUAAUGGAUUGUUUUUACCAUAAUGUUAUAUCUUGUGUCUUAUCAUUUGAACAUUCAGUGAUUUGGAAUGUGCCUUACAAUACAUGUAUUACUUUGGCCAGAGUCUUAAAACCAGACCAGUAUACCCUUAAAAUUACUCUCUGUCUUUUCUUGAAAUGACCAAAGUUUUGUGAAAUAUAUUUAACUGUGCCCUUUACAGUAUAGAGAGAUCCAGAGUGGCAACCUCACACUUUUCAUAAAAUAAUUGCAGUGGUAAAUGUGAUGGAUGUGACAGGUACUGUGAUUAUCUAAAAGUUUGUGGUUAUAGUUGAUUUGAUAUACCAGUAUUAUGUUGUACACUGUCCAUUGCUGCCUCAUUGGUCUAGUGGUUAUUGUACUAGCCUAGUAUUUGAAAGUUCUCAGUACUGAUUUCAGUCAUACCAUUAAUCUUAAAAGAAAAGAAGUAAAUAAAAAUCUCUUAAGUACAAGUAUAAUGGCAGCCAUUCAAAAGGAAGGACUAGAGCCAACUUCUCAAAUGUAUUUUUCAAAUAUAUUUAAGACAGUGAGCAGUGUCCAACAUACAAUGGUUGGGAGGGACUGUGAUGUUGAUCCAUUAUUCUUACAUUGUUAGAUUAACAGUCAUUGUACAAUAUUCCAGUGAAGUGCAGUACCCAUAACUUAAUGUAUCAUAACUCUCAGCUGGGUCAGUAGUACUUACCAAGUAAUAUGGUGCAGUGAAGAGACAUCGUUCUUCCUUGUGAGAUUAACAACUGCUGAUUGACAUCCACGGAAACAACUGUUUUCUUUAUGCAACUGAGAGUGCCUCUACUUCAUUUUAUAAUUGUGUUUAUAUACUCUAGCACACCAAAGAUUGUGCAGAUUGACAGCUCUUCCAUAUUGUGAUAUAAACUCUCUUCAGUGAGUGGUGUUGCAUAAAUGAUACAUUAAUUUUAUUGCAAUUUUUUACAGUUUAUAUUACUACUUCAGAUAAUGUCAGUUUUAUAAAUUGGUAAUGAAACUGUGUGUAUUGUUGGUAAUGUUGAAAUUUUUAUAGAAAAUAAAGUAUAUAUUCACAUACCUA